UGGGCCCCUGUCGAAAGCUUGACAGGGAACUCACUGGGGUCUAGUGGGCGUGGGGCGCAAAACCAUGCACAUGCAAAUUUGUUUGGCUCGCCUGAUGAUGGACCUGAAGCUGCCCAUCCAUCCAUCCGUGGGUGACGAUGAUCAAGGUUCUCACUACCAUGCAUUUCCAUCUGCUUUAGCAACCAACCUUUUUCCCCCUCCCAUCUCGCCUUAUCAGGCUCAGUGGACGCCCGCCCAAUUGUGGUGCUUGGUUUUGGCUUUUACAGUUUUAUCAUUCCAUUCUCCCAUUUAGGGCGUUUCCAGAUUUUCUACGCCGUUGUCUCCGUGUCGUGCGAACGCACUGUGCUCGUUCUCCAUGUACAUAUCGCCUUGAGCGGACUGCGUCAACGCUCGACGACGACGACUUUGGGCCAUUGAUCAUGUCAAGUGUCCCCUUCGGCUUCACCUCAUGGAGGAGGAGGUCGCCGUCCAUUACUUCGCAGCCUUGCUCUCGAGAUAUCCCGCGGACGCAGAGCCCGAGUCAGGUCCAACGAGGUCAGGCUGACGCAAGAUUGCUCUCUUCUUCCGUCAGCUCGCUUGGAUAUCGCGAGCCCACGAGGUCUUUCAUCCCAGGUUCGGCCAGGGACCGAUUAUCCCCUGUUGAUAGUGCUAGCUAUGCCCGCAGUGUUCGCGAAGACACGGCAGAGCUUGCCUCCUACGUUCUAGCUGACAAGAAAGACGCACGCAGCCCCUCGUUUCUUACACGCAGAACGUCGGACGCUUCAUAUGCCGGCAUUGAGAGUUCGGGACCCUAUCAUGAAAGCGCCGGCGCCGACGAUGUGCCAGUGACGAAUGCAGAGACGAUCGAGGAAGUGUCGGAGCCAGGGACGCCAGACGAUAUCGGUGAACAUAACUCUGCCCCUGGGCCGUCGAUUCUCGCAAGCAUGAUCAAGAGCUGCCCUCGGCCAAAGAACACAAAUGGUCCGACAGAGACCGAGGCUGGCGGACAAGCCGUGAUGGCAUCGCCGGGCUAUCCGCCAGUCAAUGACAAAGUAAACGGCAGCUCUGAGACAACACCUUUGUUGCGGUCCAAGUCGAGCGUUUCUUGCCUGCCAGAUAGUCCUGAAUUGAGUGACGUCGACGACUUGGACGACAUCGAAAGUCAGAAACCUCGUCUACAACCGUGGUACCAUGGCUACGGGAGUGUCAGAGAAAGGACCCGGGUCAAAGUACGUGGGAUUGCAACUACGAUGAAUCCCAAGACCUGGGAUAAGAAAACAGCGUGGCAGCGUAUGGUCAUGGACCCAGUGAGCUGUAUGCCUGCCGUCGUCCUUGGGCUGCUGCUCAAUAUUUUGGAUGCCCUUUCGUACGGUAUGAUCUUGUUUCCACUUGGCAACCCCAUAUUCUCGAGUCUAGGCCCAGCUGGAAUCUCCAUUUUCUAUGUUUCAACGAUUGUAUCGCAAAUUACCUUCUCGAUCGGGAGUAUAUUCAAAGGUGUCGUUGGCUCCGAACUUAUUGAAGUUGUCCCAUUUUUCCACAGUAUGGCCGCAACCAUUACCGUCCUAGUUGGAGAAGACAAGCCAGAGGCCGUCAUUGCCACUACUAUUGUGUCGUAUGCGAUGAGCUCCAUGAUGACCGGACUUGCAUUCUGGCUUCUGGGUAAAUUCAAGCUGGGCUACAUUGUCGGUUUCAUUCCCCGUCACAUCCUGAUCGGCUGUAUCGGAGGUGUAGGCUGGUUUCUACUGCAAACUGGCGUCGAAGUAUCAGCUCGCAUGGACGACUUUCGCUACGAUUUGAAUACUGCCAAGAGACUACUACAGCCGGACGCGCUCAUUCAAUGGAUAAUCCCUCUUAUACUGGCCAUCAUUCUCUUCGUCCUCCAAAAGAAGAUUACCUCGAAGUAUUUCGUGUCAGCAUACAUCCUGUCUAUACCUUUGGUCUUUUACUUUUUCGUGUUAUCCUUUGACAGUCUGGACCCGCAAAGCUUGCGAGACUCAGGGUGGAUUUUCGAGGCCCCACGUGCGGGCGAACCGUGGUGGUAUUUUUGGAGUCUUUACAAGUUCCACCUGGUGGACUGGAGUGCUGUGCUUCAAACCGUGGGAGCAAUGUUCGCUCUGACUUUCUUCAGUCUCUUGCACGUACCCAUCAAUGUUCCCGCCCUUGCGCAAACCACCGGAGAGGACAAUGCCGAUCUCAACCACGAACUUAAGCUGCAUGGAUAUUCAAAUUUCAUUGCUGGGGCCCUGGGGAGUAUGCAAAACUACUUGGUGUAUGCGAAUAGUGUGUUCUUCAUGAGAUCAGGAGGGGAUAGCCGCCUUGCUGGAUUCAUGCUGGCCGCGUUCACAGGCGUCGUCAUGGUUAUCGGGCCCGUCGUUAUAGGUUACAUUCCUGUGAUGAUGGUUGGUACCUUGAUUUUCGUUCUAGGUAUCGAGCUUCUGGCCGAUGCCUUGGUCAACCCAAGACACAAAACCAAGUUGCUCGAAUAUUUGACGAUUCUGGCUAUCAUCUUGACCAUGGGCAUCUAUGAUUUUGUCGCAGGCAUUUUUUUAGGCAUCAUACUUGCUUUCGUUUCCGUCAUCGUGAAUCAAUCUCGCGUCUCGGCCAUCAGAGCUACGUAUACUGGCGACCAAGUGGGCUCCAUUGUCCGGCGCAAUCCCACCCAAUGUCAUUAUCUCCGGCAAGUCAGUCGGCAAACUUACAUUAUCAAGUUGUCCGGCAAUCUAUUUUUUGGGACUAUUGUCGGAGUUGAGAAGAAAAUUCGAGACUUGGUGGCCGACGACGCAUUUGCCGACCAUCCCAUCAAGUAUCUCAUUAUCGACUUGUGGCAAGUAACUGGCAUUGACUAUUCUGCUGCCGAGGGAUUUAUGAUUAUCAAUCGGCUACUACAAAAGCGGGGGGUUGUGCUGUUGAUCAGUGGCAAAGAUGCUGAUAGUCAUAUUGGACGAGAUCUCAGGGCCGUUGGUCUUGGUGAAAGUAGCGGCGAGGUCAAGUUUAUGCCCGACCUCAACUCAGCUCUCGAGAGUUGUGAGAACGAGCAGCUCAAGGCACUCUAUGCGCAACGAGAAGCACUGCGGGUGAUUCGGGAUUCGCCAUCCCGCAACCUUGAUGUUCCAAACUGCAACAAAAGCGUGACGAGUCCCACCCUGGACCUCCUAUCUCAGUCACCGCGGCGGAACCAUCUGAAUACAGUAGCCAAGAACGUGCUUGAAGAACACGAGUUGCAACGUGCUGAGCGUUGGCGCAGCAUCAGCGAGCCCAUCCGGCUCAUGCUACAAAUUUUCCACGAGCUCAGCGACAAGAAUGAAGACUUUUGGUUCCGGGCGAAGGCGUACUUCGUACGGAGAGAAUAUCCAGCCGGAACGGUUCUAUUCAAUCGCGGCGACUCGGCGGACGGCUUCUACCUGCUGGAGCGAGGCGAGCUGCGCGCCGACUACGACAUGCCCCAAGGCAAGCUGUCGGAACCAAUCGUCCAAGGUACGACCUGUGGCGAACUCCCUUUCUUCUCGCAAACCGAACGCACCGCGACGGUAUUUGCUGUGAAAGACUGCGUCGCAUGGUUCAUGGACAGGGAGAACUGGGAUAGAUUGCGGCAGCAGGAGAACGACAUCUACCAGGAGCUGCUCUGUAUCUCGUUGAAGCUUACGACGGAGCGGAUGAAUGCUAUUGGCAAUUAUACCUUGGCGAAUGCGAACUAAGGGAUGCUGUAGCGACUGGUACAACUGCAGUCAUUCUUGGAUGAGAGAAUGGCAUGCAAGCGCUUUGGCCCAUCCAGUUUCUGGGACUCAAAGACUGGCGUUUGGAUUGGAUAAGAAUUACAACAAAUUGCAUCAAUAC